AUGAGUGAGGUUCACGAAGGUGACUCUGUAACCAUUGGAAAACUCAAGCAAUUGCAGGCUGAUUUCGCCAAAGAAAGGGAUUGGGAUCAAUAUCAUACCCCAAGAAACCUUCUCUUGGCUAUGGUGGGUGAAGUGGGAGAAUUGUCCGAGAUAUUUCAGUGGAAAGGUGAGGUUAAAAGGGGAAUUCCAGAGUUUAAAGAGGAAGAAAAAGUUCAUCUUGGAGAAGAGCUUUCUGAUGUGUUGCUUUACCUUGUUCGUCUCUCUGACAUUUGCGGCGUUGAUCUUGGCAAAGCCGCUUUGCGAAAAGUUGAAAUGAAUGCUAUCAAAUAUCCAGCAAAAGCUAACAGAGAAGUCUCAAACAAAGAAGAUGAAGUUGACAACUCUACCUCAGCUAAUAAUGAUACUGCUUAA